UUUGCUUCUGAUCCGAGUGGUGCCUAUUUCUCUUCUUUUUAAUCUUUCAUUAUCUACCUUAGAAAACGAAGCCCAUAAAGUUGCAAUGAUGCAGAGAACUUUAUAUUUUGCAUGUUCCGUGAAUUUUUAAACGGAGAAAUUUUGAAUCCCUAAAACUCUUCCUAUUAAGAGGUUUGGCUCUCCUGGUAGCUGGCUCUUGUGAUUUGCAGAAUACUUCGUCUGUCACGACUGUCCCUGGGAAUCCACAGGAGGUGAACUGAAUAAGAUUAGACUAUUUACCCCAUCAACUCUCCAUCAAAGAAGGUAGGAAAUUGUACGCAUGAAAUGAAAACAAGCCAUUAGAGUCCGUUUACGAGGAACACAUUAUUUUUCCUCAACAAAGAAUAUCCUCGUUAGCGCUUACUCGCACUUUAUCUUUAGCCUUCCUUUCCUCGAUAUUCCAGGAUUUAAAACCACACCUGAGAAUGAUCUGAAACGUCUUUAUAGCGAAAGACUUGUAUAAGCGUUAAAAAAAAGAAUGCCAAAACUAAAUUCUCGCUUUAUUGAUACAUUCCAAUGUGAUUAAUUAGCUGCAUCGGUUUUUACUUCAAUUUAUCUGCCUAACCAUUUCUUUACCCCUUUGGCUUUUAGACCUGAACUUCGUGCAAGUUUUUCAAAUUUGAUGGAAAGUAAAACUAUUUGACAGAGAGUUCGGCGGGUUUUUGGUUAGAUUUGGGAUAUUUUUUUCCUGUUUAUGUUUUGAGAGUUUUCUUUAUUUUUUUGUUUGUUUGUGGGUGGGCUCGUAGAGGGAGUUUCGGUUUGUUGGGGUUUUUUGGUCACUAAUUCCCUGAGUGCAGCCGGUCACGCUGCAUGCAGAGCAGCGCCUGCUUAAUGCCGCCAUCGGGAUGCUCCUUCACGUCCUCAGCGGCUCUGCAGCAAUGCGCGACAGCAUCCCUCCGGUGCCCUGCGCAGCCCCGGCGGGGAGCGGGGCUCCGGGCGAGCCGGGCUCGGGGUCCCCGGGAGAGCCAGGCCUGAGGCGAGGCCGGCAGCGGGGCCACGGCCCGCUCAGGCUCCGGGGAGGAGCGGAGCAUCCCGCGGGUCCCGCUGCGCGGCGGCGGGGACAGCGCUCAGCCCGGGACUGCCGCCCCUCGGGGAGCAAAGCGGCGACCCCCGGAGCCCCGCUCCUGCGGGGGCUCGCAGGUGAAAGCAGCACCGCGGGACACGGGUGGGCACGGAGGAGCGCGCACAGCCCGGGCCGGCCGGGCGCUCCGCUGCCCCAAGAGAUUUUUGCUCCCCUGACGGAUGAUCCACCAUGCUACAACGCUUACCUUUAUUCCUAAUUUAGAGAUUAUAUUUUCCAAAUAACUUGUCCCCCCCCAGUGGGGAAGGCUUCUUUUAUUUUGUUUUAUUUUGUUUUAUUUUGUUUUAGCCUGAGUCGUUUUGCCGCGAAACCCCCGGGUUUGAUACCCGCUUCGCAAAACCUGCUCUCGGAGUUUCUCAUUUCCCAUGCGCUCUUCGCUAACCUGGCAAACGGAAAAUUGUGUUAAACAAACAAUCAGUUGUCACACAAUGUCGGGGUGAAAUUGUAAUAACAAAUGAAACACAAGCAAAUUGUGCUGCAUAGUGUUGCUAAGCAAUUGUUUGUUACGGGAGGGUGGUCACAGCAUGGGUUGAAAGAAGGAUCUAAAGAGGAGCAUAGCGCUGGGCAGAGCAAGCUGUUAGGUAUGAAAUACGAUAAACACGGCGCUGAUUUUCAAUAUUAUUACCCAAACACGAUUUCAUACAAAGCAAUCACCAUACACAAGUCUAUGAAAAUGCGCUUGUUGAGAAAUCGGACUUUUUUUUAUUUAUUUAUUUUAAUAUACUAAAGAAUAAUUCCGGGGAUGCAAAACGCACCCACCGCCUUCCCGGCGGAGUCUUUGACCGGCCUGGCGGCCGGAGCGGCCCCGGGAUGCGGGCCGGGAGGGGCCCGGGGCGGCGCAGCCCAGCCCGGCCGGCCGGGGCUUGGCCCGGGCAGGUCCCGGCUGCGGCUCCCGCCCCACGAGCGGGGAGCGGGGAGCGGGGCACCGGGGGCUCGGGCAUCAGCGGCGGCGAAACGGCGCUCCGCGGCACAUCUCACUUAUAAAUGCCAUCGCCCUGCGGCGCUCCCCACGUUUGUUUCAAAUUGAUCGCAUCAUUGCUUCACCAGGAAAAAAAAAAAGUAUAAAAGUCAUACAAUGCGAAAUUAUCGUAAUUUGUUCCCAGAAUAAACUUAUCUUGAACUGAUUAGGAGAGUCAGUCAUUUGAAAACGAGGCAGAAAAGCGGUUGGGUAUUUUUCUGAAAGCUUCCCUCUAACAAUAUCAGCUUCUAAAGUUUUCAUUCAUAUAAACUUUAUUAAUGAAGAUCUUUUAUUUAAAUGUCAAGAGGAUUUGAAAUUUAGAGUAAAUUAUGAAGCAUGCAUGUCUUGCCAAGUCAUGGGUCAAAUGCAUUUGUGAAAAACUGCUAAAAGAGCAUAUGGUUUUGAAUUUUUCUACAAUGACUAGUGUUUAAAUAAAUUGCUUGUACUGCUUAACUUCAUGUAUAAUUUUGACAGAAAUUGGCCUAUAGCCUUUUGAUAUGUAAACAUUUCAGGCUUUUAUGCGGUAUAAAAAGACACUUGCUUUUUGGGAUCAGCUAAAGCAGUCACCCUGUAAUUCAGAAAACUGGCACCUAACGUUACAUUCUUGCUGCAUUUCGACUUUCAAGUGGCAGCAUAAAGGGGGGAAGGAAAAGGGACAUUUCAAAAGCAAUUGGAAUUAAAAACUGCGAAUGAGGUGGGAAUGUGCCACUCACUGUCUGAUUGAAAUGGAUAAACCUUAGCACUAAGAGAAUUCUCGGUCUUGUUUUCCAAAAAACAACACAGGAAUCAGUGAAAACAGUCUUCAACGUAGCACAGACCUGACUCGCAUGUCAAAUUAAUGCCUUAAAACAAAGUCUGUCUAAAGUACAAAUAGGUGUGAUGAAGAAAACCCAGAUA